CGGGGCGGGGCGGGGGCACCGGGAGCGCGGGCCCGCGAGACUCUGCGUGCGGCGCCCGCCCAACCAUGCUCCUCUACCGCAGCGCCGCGUGGUUCGCCAAAGGCCUGCGCGAAUACACCAAGAGUGGCUAUGAAUCUGCAUCCAAGGACUUCAUCCCUGAUGACUUGGAGGUCCAAGUCCCUGGAAGAGCCUUCAUGGUCACCGGGGGGAACAGCGGCAUUGGAAAAGCAACUGCCUUCGAGAUCGCCAAGCGAGGUGGCACAGUUCACCUGGUUUGUCGAGAUCAAAACCGAGCGGAAGGUGCCAGAGGUGAGAUCAUCAGGGAGAGCGGGAACCAGAACAUCUUUCUGCACAUUGUGGACUUAUCUGAUCCCAAGACAGUCUGGCAAUUUGUUGAAAAUUUCAAGCAGGAACAUACCCUCAAUGUCCUGAUCAAUAAUGCAGGUUGCAUGGUCAAUAAGAGAGAGCUCACGGAAGACGGACUUGAGAAAAACUUUGCUACCAACACUCUGGCUGUGUAUGUUCUCACGACUGCCCUGAUCCCCGUCUUGGAGAAAGAACACGACCCCAGAGUGAUAACAGUCUCCUCCGGAGGAAUGUUGGUUCAGAAACUGAAUACCGAUGACCUACAGUCAGAAAGGACAGCAUUCGAUGGCACCAUGGUCUACGCACAGAACAAAAGGCAGCAGGUGGUCCUGACGGAGCGCUGGGCCCGAGCACACCCGACCAUCCACUUCUCGUGCAUGCAUCCCGGCUGGGUCGACACCCCAGGUGUGCGGUCGUCGAUGCCCGGGUUCCACGCCAGGCUGGGGGCCAGGCUGCGCUCUGAGGCCCAGGGCGCGGACACCGUGCUGUGGCUGGCCCUCGCCCCGACUGCCGCCGUGCAGCCCAGCGGCCGCUUCUUCCAAGGUGACUUCCUCGCUGGGUGUGAAGGCGCCCCCGACCCUCCUCCCCGUGCAGCUCGGGUCGGGGAGGGACUGUUCCCCUUCCCCGUGAUCGUGCCCGGCCUUCCUUGGCAGGGCGGCUCCUUCGCCUGUCGGGGUGCUUUGUGAAGGGCCUCACCUCUGACUUCGCUCCACCCGCUUUUUCCAUCGACCUCUCUGAGCUCAGUGGGUCCCUUAAUCCUCGGGUUGUCGUCCUUGUUCUGAGUCUUGGGCGAGGCCGGGCCGUGUGGGCACCGCGGAGAGGAAAGCUCCCUCUCCGAAGUCCCGGGGGGACGGGAGCUGUCCAAGCAGCAGUGCAAGGGGAGUGAGUCUCGUCUUUCUGCUUCCGGGGGCAGUCACGUGUUGAGGGUUUGCUCCCGACCUGGGCAGCCUCCCGACGGGCGGUCCGAGAGGAGGCAUGCUGCGGGCGGAUGCUGGAGGCCAGGGCCUCCCGCUUCUUUCCCCACCACGGAUGUGGCCACCCUCGCCCUCGCCACGAUGGCGCUCUGGUGACCCUGUGGCGGCUGGGGGCGUGGCCGUACCUUCUCGUCUGGCCACCACCUGCCAGUCCUCAAACACUCCACACUCCCCAAGCCCAAACGCCACCCCCGCCGGCACCCAGGCCUGAGGACCUGUCCUCCCCAACUCGGUCUCCCUUCUGGAGCACCUCAUUGUCUGUGGGUGCCCUUGAGGGCAGGGGUGGCAUCUAACUCCGUCCCGCGUGGGCCCCUCCCGGCAGAUGUCUGUGACAUGACUGACCCGGGGCCCGAGGGGCAGGCGAGGCUCCUCCACGCUGCUGCCUCGCUGCUCACACCUUUGUGCUUGCCUCCC